CCAGCAAGGGAAGCGACGUGCAGAUAGAGUUUACAUUUUCCGUGUCAAAUUUGGAAAACUUUUCCAAAUCUACAGUACAGAACUGACCGGAAAGGGGGAAGAUGGCAAACAGCAAAAGGAAGAGCUCAGACAAGGGGAGGACAACUCCAGCAAAGAAAAGCAAGACAGACACUCCAAAGUCUACAAAGGCCAAGACACCUGCUAAGAAGGCUGCUCCGAAAACACCCGCCAGAAAAGAAACUCCCAAGUCCGUGAAGAAACCAGCACCAAAGGUCACAUCAACAAAGGUAAAAAAGCCAGAGCCAAAGAAGACCACCAAGACGCCGACCAAAACCCCGGCAAAGGCAGCUUCAAAGACACCUGCCAAGUCAGCAGCAAAAACACCAGCUAAGAAAGCAGCUAAAACACCAGCCAAGUCAGCAGCUAAAACACCAGCCAAGCCAGCAGCUAAAACGCCAGCCAAGCCAGCAGCUAAAACGCCAGCCAAGCCAGCAGCGAAAACGCCAGCCAAAGUAGAAAAGAAGCCAGUUGCUAAGGUUGUCCGGGCAAAGCCUGCUUCAGUGAUCAAGAAGUUGGCCGCUGCCAGUGUAACAAGGGCCAGACUUGAUAAAGCCAAGGCAAUAAAGGCAAAUGCAGCAAGGUCUAAGUUAAAAACCACAAAGGCACAGCUGAAAAAAACAACCGAGUCUGAGAAGAGAACAAAGGCACCAGCAAAGGCACCUCCUAAAGAAACACCAGCCCCUAAAGAGACACCUACUCCUAAAGAGAAAGCUACUCCUAAAGAAAAAGCUACUCCAAAAGAAAGGCCUGCACCAACAGCUGAUGUAAGCAAGAAACGGAAAGCUGAAGAACAGCCAGAGAGUGAAACCCCUAGAAAACGUAGGGUCGUCACUCCCAGUAGAAAGUAUGAUGACUUUGAGGUUGAGAUUCCUAGUUCAUCAAAGAGAACCAUCACACCAAAUAAGAAAUAUGCAGAUUAUGAGACAGAAGGUCCAGCUUCAACUGGAAACAGAAAAGUAUCUGAACUGAGGGCAUAUAUUAUUGAUAAAAAAGCGAAACCUGAAGACAAGAAGACAGAUGCUCAAGCAAGCCCUAAAGCCAGUGGAUCAGCUAAGAAACCAGGGAAAGCAAAGGUGGAUUCUCCAGCUAAAAAGGAAGAAGAAAGCAGUGAAUCUGAUUCUGAGGAUACACCGAAAGUCUUCAAACAAAGCGAAAUGAAGCCAGCAGAAAAACUCAUGAAGAAACUCCAGAAGAAACUUGAGAAAGAGGCUAAGGCAGUUUCAGGUUCUACUCCUGAAAGUAGAGAGAAAGCUAAAAUCAAGAUCACAAAAGUAGUUGAAUAUAACAAGCCUGCGUCUUCCGAUGAUGCUGAAAUGAAGAAACUUGCUAAGAAGGUAGCUUCAUCUGCAACAACAAAAGCAACUCCCAAACCAAAACAAGCAGUUGCCAAAACAUCUGCCCCAGAAACCAACCCAAAGAUACCAAAAGCUAAAGCAACGCCUAAGCCAGGAUCAAAAGCAGCUGCAAAAAAUACAGUCGAAAAGGUUAUUAAGGCUAAGAAGUUCAAGGAGAUCAAAAGAGACGAAAGACCAAUCCAAGCCCAGUUCCUAUGUCAGAAAACCAUCAAGCUGAAUAGUGACAACAAAGAUGGCAAAUGCUGGAUCACUGGCAUCAGCGUGUACCCAAGUGGAGAAAUCAUUCUUGUUGACAUGGCGAACAAGAAAAUAAAACUGUUCAGCGCAGAAUUCCAGUAUCUUAGCCAAUGUCAACUUGACACCAUCCCCCAGGAUAUCUCUGUCAGCCCAGUUGAUGCAAGUUGCGCAUUCUUCACUAAGCCGUUUUCAAAAGAGGGUAUUCAGAAGGUCAUUAUGUCCGAUGGCAAAUUGACCUUGAAGGAAUACUUCACCACCAAUGGAACCAACAGGGGAAUUGCAUGUAUUAAGGCUGGCAUUUUAACAUCUGUACAGGAUGGCCGAUACCAUGAUGUUGACAUCAACCACUUUAAGGUCUACUUGCUCGACUACUCUGGUAAUAUGCUGCAGUCCGUCUCGACAGAUACAAAUGGGUCACGUCUGUUUAAGCUUCCCCUGUACUUCACUGUCUCCAGCACUGGGAAACAGGUUAUUGUCUCAGAUUGCAUCAAGCAGAACUCAUACAUUGUAAGUGUUGACAUGACUGGGAAGAUCUACUUCAAGUACGAGGGGUUUGGUGGUGAUAACCUGAUUACUCCUCGAGGUAUCACAAGCGAUGAUGAAGACAAUAUCUAUGUUACUGAAUGGGAGAAAAAUACAAUCUACAUUCUCAACUCAGCUGGUAAGCGAACACAAACAUUGUUCAACCACAAGGAGCUGCUGCAAGACAAGUUAGAUGGUCUAGUUAAGCCUUAUCAGCUUUGCUUCUACAAAACUGAUGCCAAGAAGAAGCUAAUUGUUAGCCAGGAAUCUUGUGACACUCUCAAAGUGUUCAGAAUCUUAAAGAAAGAAGAAGUUGAGGCAGAAGCGAAAAUUAAAGCAGAGGAAGCAGCCAAGAAGCCAGUUGAAAAUGGAGAGGCAGAGAAAGCAAAAAUUGAAGUGGCAGAAGGUGACAGUGUUGAACAGGAGCUUAAACCAGUACAAGUCUCAAAGCCUAGCGAAUCCCCUGUGAAAGUAUUAAAGGAGACUGGCUCUCCUGUUAUGAUUAAGAAACCAGAAAUGGUUACAGUUACAACAUCUACCAAAGAAGGAUCCGUGAAGCCUAGAGUUGAGUUUGUUUCAAUUGCUUCAGUCUCAAAAGAAAGCCCAGUGAAACCCAAAGUUAUCCAAAUAAAGAAACCAGUCCCCGCUCAACCUAGCCAGCAAAAAAAAGUUGAAGUAAUUGUUGCUCCAAAGUCAGCGGUUGGGGUUAAACCAAUGGUACAAGUCAUUGACAAGAGAGAAUCAACUUUAGCACCAGUGAGGAGUGCACAAAUUGUCAAAACUGUAGUUUCUGCUGCACCUAUUGUUAGAUCUCCACAGACAGCACAGCAAAUAACAGUUCUACAACCUCCUGAAGAAGCAAAGACCGGUGAAAUCUUUGCUAACACAGUUGGUGACUUUGAUGAUGAAACUGAACAAGUUGACUCUGAAAUGAAUGGUAAGCUGCAGGAUUUAGUGAAUGCAUUCGACAAUGAGGCUGGAGCAGUGGAAAAUGCUGGGAUGCCUAUCCAGCAAGUAGAAGAGAUGGGACUGGGAAUGCCUGUAGUUGGGCAACAAGUAACCGAAACACAGGAACAGCAAAUAAUUGAACAGGUCCAAGAUAUUCCUAUUGCCCAUGUUGAGGCUUCAGAAAUGCCACAAGAAACAAUAGAUGCUCAUCAACAGUUCACAGAAGUUCCAGAUGAGAUGACAGAAAUUAUUCAGGUAGUUUCAGAUCCGCAGGUGUCAAUUAUACACCCUGGAGAGUCAGUAGAGCAGGUUACUUAUGUUCAAACAGUGCAAGAAGAUGUGGAGCCAAUGGAAACAGAGGCAGACAGAAUGGAUACUGCAGGAAUUGAACAAACUGUGGAGGAGGUGCGAGUACCGGUCAGCGAUAUGCAUGAUAUGAUUACAAGUGGUGAAAAUAUGUACCAGUCUGGUGAUGUUAUGGACACAGGUGUAAUUGUUGACAACUCCGUAAUGAACUAUGAUGUAGGAGAACAUGAAAUUGUUGAAACCACUGUUGUCACUGAGAGUGGUGUCCAACAGUACCAGGAAGUGGUCACCGACGUUCCGCAUGAGUUGGACACUAUUACCACAGAAUUUGUCGUGUAGUGUUAUAAAUUCUACUUAAGAAAUGAUCAUCGACUUCAUUCCUCAUAACCAUACCAUGUGCCUGUUAACUUUGAAAUGAUUAUUGUAUGAUGGUGAACAUUGAUUUGAGUUAGCAAUUGGGAAGUUUUAACCAGAUGUCUUUUUUACGGAAGUAAGAUUUUACUAUUUGGAAAGUUGAUUAUAUGAGUUGUAACUGGAUGAAUCUUUUAUUUUUUUAUUGUUUUUAUUUUGAAGUCUGCUUGUUCUAGUUUUUGUUUUAAUAUUCACAAGUUUUAUAAAGAUUUACGCAAUAAUUAAAUAUGUUCUUGGAAGAAGUGUUAAAAUUUCUAUAAAUAUCUAUGCAUGCUGGAUGUACUGUAUUUUGAUCAUGAUGAUACCAUUUUAUUAAAUGUAAUGUAAAUAAUAAUGUAUUGUACUAAUGCUAUAUGUCUUCAGAAAGUAGCAUUUUUCCAGUUUGAAACAUUAAUAAAUACUUAAAAAAUAUUUUUAAAAGUUACAUUAAAAUAAAAAUAUUUUUGUUAAUAAACAAAUGCAUUAAUGUUUUUUUUUUCUUCAAAAAAUUCAGUGAUUCAGUUUCAAAAAUAUCCCUCUUAUAUUUUGAUGAGAAAUAAUCGUCAAAUGUUAAAAAUUAAAAUCAUUUACUUAUGGAAGACAGGUAAACAUCAACUCUUAUUUUUUUGAACAUUUCAUUUCAUAAUAAUAUAUAUCUCAGAAAAUGUAUUUUUCUUAUGUUUUGUUGUUUGUAUAAUGACUAAAUAUGUACAUUUUUUUUCAAUAAAACUGCUUAACAA